CUGAUCACCUGUCCGACUCCCCCAUGUUGCCCCAGACUCUGGGCUUUUGAGGGCGGAGCUGAGUUACUCAUUACCCACAGAGCCCAGUGGGACCUCAGUGGAUGCUGCGGAACAGGAUGAGCGUCUCCUUGUGACUGGUGGGCCCCUCACAUACUCGCUCAUUGCCUGGUUUGAGUCUUACACUAGCCCUGGCACAAAAGCAGACCAGGAGGCGGAAUUUCCAUCUUUGGAGGGAGCUGAGGACAGUAAAAUGCACUUGUUCAAGCUUCUUGGCCAAGAGAGGACUCAGGCCUCCUGGCUUCCAGUCUGCUCUUGCCAGCACAGGGAGCUCUGGGGUGUGGCUGGGCACCCUCUGACUUGGCUUGGUCUGGUAAAGGGUCGCCUUGUCGUUCAAGGAAAGGCCACGGGGCCCUGGCUGGGGUAGGCGUCCUCUUCUCUCAUCUGCAGUCGGGGGAGUGGGGCCCUCUGCCCACCACCCACCCCCGCCUGCCAUAUAAUCCCCAGCUGGAUCGUGUGACCCGCUGGCAUUCUCCUGGCUGGAAUUUGGCGCUUCUGACAGCAGUUGCUAUAUCGGGGGAGCUGGGCACCACCCUGGCCUCUCCAGGCCCCCGCCCUCACCCCCUCCUUUGCUCUUGUUAGCUUCAAGGCAGAAUCACAGCGGCAGCUUUGAGAGGUGGACACCUAGGUCCCUGAAGUGAUCUCUAGGCCCCAGCCCCAACCCGCCACCAUUCCGUGCUGCAGGGACACCAUGGCUCCUGAGGAAGACGCUGGAGGGGAGGCCCUAGAGGGCAGUUUCUGGGAGGCCGGCAACUACAGGCGGACGGUGCAGCGGGUGGAGGAUGGGCAUCGGCUGUGCGGGGACCUGGUCAGCUGCUUCCAGGAGCGUGCCCGCAUCGAGAAGGCCUAUGCCCAGCAGCUGGCCGAAUGGGCCCGCAAAUGGAGGGGCGCCGUGGAGAAGGGCCCUCAGUAUGGCACGCUGGAGAAGGCCUGGCACGCCUUCUUCACGGCGGCCGAGCGGCUGAGUGCGCUGCACCUCGAGGUUCGGGAGAAGUUGCAAGGGCAGGACAGCGAGCGUGUGCGUGCCUGGCAGCGGGGGGCCUUCCACCGGCCUGUGCUGGGUGGCUUCCGAGAGAGCCGGGCUGCCGAGGACGGCUUCCGCAAGGCCCAGAAACCCUGGCUAAAGAGGCUGAAGGAGGUUGAGGCUUCUAAGAAGAGCUACCAUGCAGCCCGGAAGGAGGAGAAGACUGCCCAGACACGGGAGAGUCACGCAAAGGCAGACAGUGCUGUCUCCCAGGAGCAGUUGCGCAAGCUGCAGGAGCGGGUGGAACGCUGCACCAAGGAGGCCGAGAAGGUGAAAACCCAGUACGAGCAGACGUUGGCAGAGCUGCACCGCUACACCCCGCGCUACAUGGAGGACAUGGAGCAGGCCUUCGAGACCUGCCAGGCCGCGGAGCGCCAGCGGCUCCUCUUCUUCAAGGAUGUGCUGCUUACCUUACAUCAGCACCUCGACCUCUCCAGCAGCGAGAGGUUCCAUGAACUCCACCGUGACCUGCAUCAGAGCAUCGAGGCAGCCAGUGAUGAAGAGGAUCUGCGCUGGUGGCGUAGCACCCACGGGCCGGGUAUGGCCAUGAACUGGCCGCAGUUUGAGGAGUGGUCCUUGGACACACAGAGGACAAUCAGCCGGAAGGAGAAGGGUGGCCGGAGCCCGGAUGAGGUUACUCUGACUAGCAUCGUGGCCACAAGAGAUGGCGCCGUGCCCCCACCCCAGUCCCUGGGGUCCCCAGGUGGUGGGCACGAGGAGGAGUGGUCAGAUGAGGAGAGUUCCCGGAGGCCUGCGGCCGGGGUGCGGGUGCGGGCACUCUACGACUACGCUGGCCAGGAAGCUGAUGAGCUGAGCUUCCGAGCAGGGGAGGAGCUGCUGAAGAUGAGCGAGGAGGAUGAGCAGGGCUGGUGCCAAGGCCAGUUACAGAGUGGCCGUAUUGGCCUGUAUCCUGCCAAUUACGUGGAGUGUGUGGGGGCCUGACCUGCCCUCACAGCCCAUCUGCAAUGUUUCUCCAGCCUGAGUCGGAGCCCAGCUUCUUCUGGACAGCCGGACCUGAGGGCCCUGAACCAUGGUGCUGCUGCUGCCCCUCUGUCCCCUGAGGAGGGAGGAAGUCCUGGGACCCAGGGAGGGGAGGGGCCUGCGUCUAGGAAGGGACUGGUAGGGAAGGGCCAGCGGAGUGUAGGCUGAGGGUAAGAUGGGGGAGUCAGGAGGUGACAGAAGGGCUCAGGGAUGCCUGGACCUCCCCAGGAGCCGUGCACCUAGUACCUGGUCUCUGUGUUUUAGGGUUCCUGGGGUGGACUUGGGGUGAGUGUAGUUCUGGGCUAGCAGCACCCUCUUUUGUGGCUUGUUCUAGUGUGUAUUAAACUUGGGGUAAAAAAAAAAGCA